AUGGCCGAGGAAUAUGAAGAGGCUCAAACGGCGGAGGAGGGCGGUAUGACUGGGCCCGGGGCGCCAACUCCUCUCACAGCAUUGGAGGGAAUAGCUGGGCUAACGAAGCGAGACAUUCAACUCGUCAUGGAUGGCGGGUUUAACACUGUCGAAUCCGUGGCAUACACCCCUCGAAGAAUGCUUGAGCAAAUCAAGGGUAUUUCGGAACAAAAGGCAAUAAAGAUACUGGGAGAAGCCUCCAAACUCGUUCCCAUGGGCUUCACAACAGCUACAGAGAUGCAUCAACGCCGUAGUGAAUUGAUCUCUAUCACGACUGGGUCAAAAAACUUGGACACCCUUCUGGCGGGCGGGAUCGAGACGGGCUCAGUCACAGAGUUGUUUGGGGAGUUUCGCACCGGAAAGAGUCAGAUCUGUCACACGCUGGCCGUCACUUGCCAACUUCCAUUCGAUAUGGGUGGAGGGGAGGGCAAAUGUCUCUACAUUGACACAGAAGGCACCUUCCGGCCCGUUCGACUGCUUGCCGUCGCCAAUCGAUUCGGCUUGUCGGGAGAGGAGGUGCUUGACAAUGUGGCCUAUGCUCGCGCUUACAACUCAGAUCAUCAGCUGCAACUGCUGAAUCAAGCGGCAGCCAUGAUGUGUGAGACGCGGUUCUCCCUCCUUGUGGUUGAUAGCGCCACAUCUCUGUACAGAACAGAUUUCUGCGGUCGCGGAGAACUCUCCAACCGACAAACGCAUCUGGCCAAGUUCAUGCGGAUGCUGCAGAGAUUAGCGGAUGAGUUCGGAAUCGCUGUGGUGAUAACGAAUCAAGUCGUUGCACAGGUGGAUGGAGGCCCUAGCGCCAUGUUCAAUCCAGAUCCGAAAAAACCUAUUGGAGGUAACAUUAUCGCACACGCCAGCACGACUCGUAUCAGUCUGAAGAAGGGACGUGGCGAGACACGAAUUGCAAAGAUCUACGACAGCCCAUGUCUUCCUGAGAGCGACACGCUUUUUGCAAUUAACGAGGACGGUAUCGGAGACCCUGCGCCAAAGGAUAUGGAGAAAGAUUAG